CGGCACUUGGGGAGGCAGCACCGUGCUCGUCCUUUUUAGCUGGAGCUCUUGUCGUAGCUCGACUCGCUGCCGAGGGUCCCUACAAAUACAACCCCCAGCUGGUAACACACACACACAUUAUAUAUAUUAUUGGGACCCAAAACCUCGGUGAAGGGAAUAAAAAGCAAUUUGAGAAAAACUUACCACAUGACUUAGUACAAAUAUUAAAUGCUUAAAACCAUUCUUGGAACUAAACAUAAAAAAGCAGAGAAGAAAUAGACCAAUUUGAAAAAAAGGUUAUCGUGUCUAUAUAUAUCAGAAAUAAUUAUUUAUCAUUUAGUCAACAAUAAUGAAUUUUUCAAGUGAGAACUAGUGCAAGGCGCCUUAGUGAGACACUUAAGUGACUGUGUUAUUGAUGGCCUAUUAAUACGUUGCAUAGCAUUAACGCAUUGCAGAGAGGAGAAUAUGGUCUUAACACCUACCCUCUCCCAUCUGCUGCUUCUGGUUGGAACUACACUGACGACGGGGCAGAAGGAGGCGGCGUUGGCGGAACCAGCAGACUUUCCUCCCCGCAACGUGUACGAGGCCGCUGAAGAUAUCUGGGCCAAGGCUCUGGCCCUCAACACCCUGGCGCCGGAGUUCCAAGGUCAGAACAACACGGAGGUCGCGGCUCAGGUGGGCGGCGACGCCUCCUUCAGCUGCUACACUUACCAUCUCUCAGACGAAAUGGUGGCGUGGCUGAAGAGAGACGACGACCAGCUCCUGACGGUGGGAGAGCAGGUGUAUGCGGCCGAGUCUCGCUUCUCCGUCGUUCAUUCCGACCACACAGAGGCGUGGGAACUAUGGGUGAAAGACGUGCAGCUAACGGACGCUGGCCAAUAUGAGUGUCAGCUAACAACCAACCCUCCAGUCUCCUACUUCUUCACCUUAGUCGUCUCACAAGCGGAAGCCGUCAUCUCAGGUCCAAGCGAAGUCCACAUCGAGGAGGGCUCUCACCUCUCUCUGGAGUGCCAUGUACAGAACGCUCCUGUCCCCCCUGUCUACAUUUUCUGGUAUCACAACUCUACUAUGGUUAACUACAGACAGGAAGUCCUCCAAGUUUGGCAUCACAACUACACCAGCAGCCUUGUAGUGGAGAGGGUCCAACCUUCCCACGCCGGCACAUACACCUGCGAUCCACACCUGGCCACACCUGCCAACGUCACGGUUCACGUUGUUACAGACAAAAGACCAGCUGCAAUGCAGCACGGCAGGAACCCAGCAGAGAGCAGCAGCAGCAGCAGCAGCAGCAACACCAGCAGCAGCAGCAGCAGCACCAGCAGUAGUGGGUCAACGCUUCAGUGGUUACAAGUGCCAGUAGUCGUGACAAUAUGUCUGCUGUUGUCCCUCGUGGCAACUGCCGUCUCCCUGCCAACACCGGACGCUUCCAUUUAAUAGAUCAAUUCUAAACAACUCUCUUUAAGAGAUCAAUCAGCUUUGAUCUAGACUGACAGUAUAAGGGGGUAGAGUAGGAACACUUGUUAUAUUCGAGAAGUUGAGUGUGUGUGUGUGUGUGUGUGUGUGUGUGUGUGUGUGUGUGUGUGUGUGUGUGUGUGUGUGUGUGUGUGUGUGUGUGUGUGGACUCACCUAGUUGUACUCACCUAGUUGUGCUUGCGGGAGUUGAGCUUUGGCUCUUUGGUCCCGCCUCUCAACAUGUGUGUGUGUGUGUGUGUGUGUGUGUGUGUGUGUGUGUGUGUUGUGUGUGUGCGCGCGUGCGCUUGUUAGGCACGUGCGGACGCUCACCUGCGCGUGACUACGCUUUUUAUAAAUACAUAUAUUUAUAUACUUAUAUAUACGCUCAUAAAUGCCUCAGUAAUUGCAUGUAUAUAUAUAAAAUUUAACUGACAUAUGAAAUAUAUUUUAUAUUGUCGAAUAUUAUAAAAAUUACGUUUGUUGCAACAUAUAUGCAACAUAUUCUCGUACGCAGAUGUGAUGACCAAACCCCAAAGCAGAAAAUUAAGAAACAACGACGUUUCGGUCCGUCGACGUUUCGGUCCGUCGACGUUUCGGUCCGUCGACGUUUCGGUCCGUCGACGUUUCUUCAUUUCCGUGUCAUGGAGAGAGAGAGAGAGAGAGAGAGAGAGAGAGAGAGAGAGAGAGAGAGAGAGAGAGAGAGAGAGAGAGAGAGAGAGAGAGAGAGAAUGAAAGUGUAUACCACAAUUGACUGGUAUACAGUUUCCAAGACUUCCGGCGAGGUAUUCCUGGAUUACCUGUACUCGAGUGGUAGCCACGGAGAUAGACAAAGUCUCAUUUGGGCAGUAGUUAGCUGCCCUGGGAGCCUUCUCAUGUUAAGGUUAACCCAUAGUGCAGUUGGUGGCAGAGAGUACGCCUCUAAUACCAGGGGAUCAGAUGUGUGUGUAUAUAUAUAUAUAUAUAUAUAUAUAUAUAUAUAUAUAUAUAUAUAUAUAUAUAUAUAUAUAUAUAUAAUGUGUAUUUGUGUGUGUGUGUGUAUGUGUGUGUGUAUGUGUGCGUGAGAGUGGGUAAAUCACGAAGAAAUUAACGUGACGAAUAAUGUGACAAUGUAUAACCGCGAAGGAAAAGGAAGUCAGAAAUUACUUGAGCACUUUCUUGUUAAUCCACACAUCUUCGAAAUACUUCUGAAGGUGUGUGGAUUAGCAAGAAAGUGCUUCAGUAAUUUCUAGUGUUCUUAUUUUCCUUCGUGGUUAUAAUUUGUGCUAUGAUGAUAUUCGGAGUAAGUUUUAUAACUGCUUUCAACUUUAUUUGCUCCUUUUAUUUGUAGAAUAGAAUUUUGCUCAUUAUAUUUGCUAUUAAAAAUGUAUGUAAAGAAUUUCUAAAUAAAUAUGUAAAUCCCUAA